UUUUACUUUUCAUACUUUAGCUAAGCUCUCAUUCUCACCACAACAAGAAGUGGUGUUCAAGCUUUCAUUCUUUUCUUCCCCUUUCACCUCAGCUCAGCUCUAAAUAAAUGGUUCCUUCAUUCACACCCUUCUGUUUGUUUGCCGGGAAAACUGAGGAAAAAGAAAGUAAACACUUUUCCUCCAUUUUCUCAGCAACAAAUCGGACUUGCUUAGUUCAAAACUAAGCGAAUUGUUUCCCCGUAAUCGAAUUCCUGAGAAUGGCUUCUUCCGGCAGAUUCGCUUCACUUACCCACUUGGGCUCGAGUUAUUCAUCUUCCUCAAAAAGGUAUAAUUUUCUUGUUCCUCAAUUUUAUUCUUGUUCUUCGAGGGUUUCAAUUACAAUCUGCUGCAAUCAAAACCCUGGUUUUGUAAUUUCAAAACGGAGUAAAAUUCGAGAAUUUAGGCUGUUAAAGUCAGUUGAAUUGGAUAGAUAUCUGACCAGUGAUGAUGAAGACGAAAUGGGUGAGGGUUUUUUUGAGGCUAUAGAGGAAUUAGAGCGAAUGACUAGAGAACCCUCUGAUGUUCUUGAGGAAAUGAAUGACCGGCUUUCGGCCCGCGAAUUGCAGCUUGUGUUGGUGUACUUCUCCCAAGAGGGGCGGGACUCCUGGUGUGCAUUGGAGGUGUUUGAGUGGCUGAGGAAGGAGAACCGGGUCGAUAAGGAGACGAUGGAGCUUAUGGUUUCAUUGAUGUGUGGGUGGGUUAAGAAGUUGAUUCAAGGAGAGCAUGUUGUUGGGGAUGUGGUUGACCUUCUGGUGGACAUGGAUUGUGUUGGUCUUAAGCCCAGUUUUAGUAUGAUUGAAAAGGUGAUAUCCUUGUAUUGGGAUAUGGCUCAGAAGGAGAAAGCUGUUCUGUUUGUGACAGAGGUUUUGAGAAGGGGGAUUACUUAUGUGGAGGAUCGCGGGGACGGACAGAAGGGAUGCCCAACUGGAUAUCUUGCUUGGAAGAUGAUGGUGGACGGGAACUACAAGGAUGCAAUCAAAUUAGUGGUUCACCUCAGAGAAUGUGAGUUCAAGCCAGAGGUCUACAGCUACCUAAUUGCUAUGACAGCUGUGGUUAAGGAAUUGAAUGAAAUUGCAAAAGCCUUACGCAAGUUAAAAGGUUAUAGUAAGUCUGGUUUGAUUGCUGAACUAGAUUUUGAAAAUCUUGGGCUUAUUGAAGAGUAUCAAUCAAAUCUUUUGGAUGAUGGGCAAUGCUUGUCCAAUUGGGUGAUUCGAGAGGGAGGAUCAUCAUUUCACGGGGUGGUUCAUGAGAGGCUCCUUGCUAUGUACAUUUGUGCUGGUCGUGGACUUGAGGCUGAAAGAGAGUUAUGGGAAAUGAAGCUGGUGGGUAAGGAGGCUGACGGAGAGCUUUAUGACAUUGUGUUGGCCAUCUGUGCUUCCCAAAAGGAGGGUGGUGCUAUUGCUCGGUUACUAACUAGAAUGGAGGCUACAAGUUCUGUGCGUAAGAAGAAAACCUUAUCAUGGUUGUUGAGAGGUUACAUCAAAGGUGGCCAUUUUGCUAAUGCCGCAGAAACAGUAAUUAAAAUGCUUGAUUUGGGUUUGUGUCCCGAGUUUCUUGACAGGGCGGCUGUGCUUCAGGGAUUAAGAAAAAGAAUCCAACAACCGGGAAAUGUAGAAACUUAUCUCAAGCUUUGCAAGCGUCUCUCUGAUGCAAAUAUAAUCGGACCUUGCCUCAUUUAUUUGCAUAUAAAGAAACAUAAGCUUUGGGUUAUAAAAAUGCUCUGAGUAACUCGAAUGAGAUGCUCUGAGACACAAUCUUUUAUCCAAGUAGAAAGUCAAGAUCCUGCAACAGGAACUCUUCCAGCAGCUUUUUGUAUAUGUAUUAUGUAUAGUUCGGGACGGCUUGAGUGCAAUUCAACGAUGCUGAAAGGAGCAGUUCCUUGAAGAAGAUAAACUGUGAAGUUCAGAUAUGCGUUUCAGCAUUUUGUUCUCAAGUUCAAAUAAUUGUUUGUAUAUAUGGUGGAUUUCUAUAUAUGUAUUAAAGAGCCAUUCAAAGCGGUGUAAUUAAAAAGACUGACUUUAUAUACAUGCUACAGAUAAAUUCUUAUGCCAUUAAUUUGCUA